AUGGAUGAUGGUGAUGAUGCUCUGAUCUUGAAGGUGAAUGUUGAAUUGGGUUUAGUGGCAGCGAAGUCAAGGUCACCUGGAAGAAGCAGGGCGGUAUUGAGUGCGACGCCGACGUUUAUAUCAUCAGCACUAUCACUUGCCAUGACAGGCUUGUCUUCCAAAGUAAUUGUGGGGGCCCAGGGGGCAUCGGGCUUUUUUGAUCCCGAAGUUGUGGUGGAGGAAGACCUCGGCUUUUUUGGUUGUUGGGAUUCUGAUGGUUGGGUUUGUGUUGGUUGUUCGUCAAUGGAUGAUGGAAUGUUGGCUAAGAGGAAGAUGGGCAAUGGAAUUAUGCUAAUAUGUUGUUACAGUAAUGUGAAUGUUGCUAUUAAUUUGCAAGUCCCAUUUCGAUUUGACGACGUAGUCAGUGGUGGAGCGGAUGAAUUCCGAAGUGUUCUUCGCAAGUAUGCUGUCGAAUGUGGCUUCCGUUUUAAAUAUGUCAAAAACGAUUCUGUGCGGAUCACAACUGUAUGCAUGAUGAGGGAAUCGAAGGGAUGCAUGUGGUCGGUACACGCACGCGUUUUGCAUGCCAACGGAUUUUUCUACCUUCGCAAGUGGAAUAAGGAGCACAUCUAUGGCGUAGCUGUUCGGACCCCAAAAAACCCCAGGGCUGGUUCAGAUUUAGUGUCUGAUGUUAUUUCAAAUUGGGUCUGUGACAAGCCACUCACGCGACCCAUAGAUGUUGUCUAUGACCUCAAAAAAGAUUAUGGAUUAGAGGUUAGCUACCGGGUUGCAUGGUUAGGUGUUGAAAAAGCUCGGGGGGAGAUGUUUGGUGCACACUCCAUUUCGUUCGACCAAUUGCGCUGGUACAGUUCCGUUGUCGUUGAAAACAACCCUGGAAGUUACGUCAAUAUUGAUUGUGAUGAACACAACAACCAUUUCAUAAGGUAUUUCAUAUCAUUCAAAGCAUGUAUCGAUGGGUUCAAUCAUUGCCGGCCAUUACUAUUCCUAGAUGGGACUUUUUUGAAGGGAAAAUUCAAAGGACACUUGCUAGCCGCUACUGCGAAAGAUGGCAAUCAAGGUCUCUUCCCUAUAGCCAUCGCAAUUGUCGAUUCAGAAAACACCGCAAACUGGGCAUGGUUCUUGGGACAUCUCGCAAAUGUUGUCAACAGUCACAGGACCUUUACAUUCGUAUCUGACCGACAUGCAGGAUUAUUGGAAUCAAUACCCAUCACAUUUCCCACAGCCCUUCACGCAUUUUGUCUACAACAUUUGCAACGUAACUUGCAACAUAAGUUACGAUAUGUCAACACUUCAUACAGGGCUGGAAUGUUGACAAAAUUUCGGGCUUGUGCUUACGCACCCACUGUGGCUUCAUUCACGCAAUGCGCCGAGGAAUUUACGAAAUGCGGAAGAAAGGUUGUUCCCGCAUUCUUAAAAGACUUACCCCUUCAAUUUUGGGCUAAUGCUUACUUCCGCGGUUCACGAUACGGUGAGAUGAGUUCCAAUGCCGUUGAAUCAUUUAACUCGUGGAUACGGGAAACACGCCACCUACCAAUUACUCAACUGGUUGACAGCAUUCGAGUUAAGAUUAUGCAUCAAAUGGCGAAACGCAAAAUAAAAGCACAAGCGUGGCCCGGUGUUAUUUGCCCAAAAAUGGAAGCUCGAUUGGUCAAAGCAUACAAUAAAGGCAGAGCAUGGCUUGUCAGCCAAUCCACCGAUACAGUGUUCGAGGUCCACUCUUUCCCAUCCGUCAUGGUUAACGUUGACAAACGUACAUGUUCCUGUUUCAAGUGGCAAAUCAAUGGAUUUCCAUGCUCUCACGCAGUUGUUGCUAUCCGAAAUAGCGAACUCGACCUGUACGAUUUAGUGGCUGAAUUUUACUACGGGAAUGCUUACCGGAACUCAUACCAACAUAACAUACAACCCAUUCCAACUGUUGAGAAACCAGCAUUCAAUCCUGAUGAUUUUGUCAUACACCCACCGUCAGUCAAACGACCACCAAGCCGACCCAAACAAAAAAAGAAUUCUUUCCCAAGGUGA